UCUUUCUUGUAGGGCAUGAGCACUCGGCUGAUGGCGGCAACAAAGAGAGGCGGCGGCAUGCUGCGUGACCUGCAGGUGGCGUUGCAGCGGAAGAUUGAGGAGCUGACGGAGCGAGACGCGCUGAUUGAGGAGCUGGAGUCAGAACUGGAUGCCAAAGAUCUCCUGAUUGGCCAUUUGCGGGCCGAGCUGGACCGUCAUCGUAGUUUGAUGCCGGGCACCGACGAUACUGCCGCUGCACAGACACCCGACGCAGCAGGUGGCGCUCCAGCAAUGCCAGCACCGUCACUCGAUGAGCCUCAGCGCACCAAGAGACAGGCCAUAUCGGCAGAACCCAGCGCUCUGGAUCCUGCCCGACUCACCGACGUCACGCUCACCAGCUACUGCAAGAGCAAAGAGUCCAGCGAGCUGAUCCAGAGAGCGCUGAUGGACAAUGACUUCAUGAAGCAUCUGGAACAUGGACAGAUCCUCACCAUCUUGGACUGCAUGCGGCCCACCAGCCUGGACAAAGGCUGCUGCGUCAUCCAGGAGGGCGACGACGGAUCUAGCGUCUUUGUUCUGGAGGAGGGCAUGGUGGAGGUGAGCAAAGAAGGCAAAAAGCUGUGCACCAUCGGCCCCGGCAAAGUCUUUGGCGAGCUCGCCAUCUUGUACAACUGCACGCGCACGGCUACAGUGACGGCUCUGACCGACAUCAAGUUGUGGGCCAUUGAUCGCCAGGGCUUUCAGACCAUUAUGAUGAGGACCGGCCUCAUCAAGCAUUCCCAGUACACGGACUUCCUGCGCAGCGUUCCGUCCUUCCAGGCCCUUCCAGAGGACGUUCUCAGCAAGCUGGCUGAUGUUCUGGAGGAGACUCACUAUAGCAAUGGCGACUACAUCAUCCGGCAGGGCGCCACGGGAGACACCUUCUUCAUUAUCAGUGAAGGGCAGGUGACGGUGUGGCAGCAGACCGCCCCCAGUGGUCAGCAGGUGCCGGUGAAGACGCUGUCCAAAGGCGACUGGUUUGGCGAGCAAGCGCUGAAAGGGGAAGAUGUGCGUACGGCCUCCUCCCACGUUCCAUCCUUUCACAUCAGACAAGGCAAACAUCGUGCAUGGUCCUUCAAGCAGCUGAUCGGCGGCUUAGAGGAAGUGGACCGCCAGCAGGGAGACGACGAGCACGUCAAAGCCAAGUGCCCGGCUGAGGACGACUUCUUCUCCGGCGUGACGCUCGACGACCUUGCCGUGGUCUGCACCUUGGGCAUGGGUGGCUUCAGCCGCGUGGAGCUGGUGCAGCUCAAGAGAGACGCUGGGCGCUCCUUCGCCCUCAAAGUGUUGAAGAAGCGCCACAUUCUGGACACCAGGCAGCAGGAGCACAUCCUGUCGGAACGCCGCAUCAUGAUGGAAGUCAACAGCCCCUUCAUCAUCAGGUUGUACCGCACCUUCCGGGACCCCAAAUACUUGUAUAUGCUGCUAGAGGUUUGUCUUGGCGGAGAGCUGUGGACGCUCUUAAGAGACAGGGGCUCCUUUGACGACGGGACCACAAGAUUCUACACGACGUGCGUUAUCGAGGCUCUGGCGGAGCUCCACUGUAAAGGGAUCAUCUACCGAGACCUCAAGCCGGAGAAUAUCAUCCUUGACCACAGAGGCUACGCCAAGUUGGUGGAUUUUGGCUUCGCUAAGAAGGUGGGCUUGGGGAAGAAGACCUGGACCUUCUGCGGGACCCCCGAGUACGUGGCCCCCGAGAUCAUCCUCAACAAAGGUCACGACAGCUCGGCCGACUGCUGGUCCCUGGGGAUCCUGGUCUUUGAGCUUCUCAGCGGAAGUCCGCCGUUUUCCGGCUCGGACCCCAUGAAGACGUACAACAUCAUCUUGAGGGGGAUCGACAUGGUGGAAUUCCCCAAAAAGAUCACCAAGAGUGCCGCAAACCUCAUCAAGAGACUCUGCAGGGACAACCCCUCGGAACGUCUCGGGAACCAGAAGAACGGCGUAAAGGACAUUCAGAAGCACAAGUGGUUCGAGGGCUUCAACUGGGAUGGCCUCCGCCAGGGAACCUUGGACUGUCCCUUUAUGCCAAGGGUGGACGGCCCGUUGGACAACAGCAACUUUGAUGACUUCCCCCUGGACACCGAGGGCCCUCCCCCUGAUGACGAGUCAGGCUGGGACCUGGAGUUCUGAAACAGCUUGGCCAGGUCAGAGGCUCAAUGGAGAACGCACAAGGUCCAUAACUUCAAAGAAAUGUUUAAUAUUUCAAUGUUCAUUUGUGUUAACAACCCACUCUUUCAUUUCAACCGCGUGUAUAGACAUAUGUUCUGUUACAUCAACAUACAUUUUUUUUAAGCUGGUCUACUGAUUGCUAACUACAGUGUUUUCCGUCGCUCAGGAGUACAAGUCGCAACAACAGCCAUAAAAUGCAUAAUAAAAAAGAAAAAAAACGUAA